CUACGCGAUUGGCCAGAUUGACUUACAUCUCGGUGCAUAGCUGGAGGAACACUUAUGUAAAUGUAUUGAACAGGGUACCAAAUACUGUCAGCGGCCCUGGAUUAAGCACUUUUUAUGCUUUACAUCGGCUCUUCACGAGAGCUUUUCGUGGGCUGAACUUCUCAUUAGCGUAUCUCGCCGCUAUGGCUCGCUCCCGGCUACCCCAUGGGGCUGUCUACAGCUGUCUAUCGUGGUCAGCGUGGUCAGUUCGGAUGACAUUCACAAAGAUAGGUAUUCGCGAUGGAAUUGAUGAAGAAGAUAUAAAAGCAUUAUAGAGCGCCCUCUACCGAGGGUUGAUCUACCAACCUACAGUCUUAGCAUACACCCGGAUCCUAAACUACUACUACAAACGCAAGAUCGGAGAAACAAUGAGCAGCAUCCAACACUACUUCAGCGCUCCUACCAAUGGCGCGACAGACAUUAAUAAGAGUUUGCAGAGCGCACUGCCCGCAUCAUGGUAUGAUUCCCAAGAGAUGUACGAAUUCGAGCGUCGUGCGAUCUUCUCGAAGAGGUGGCUGUUCAUCUCACAUAAGUCACGUCUUACUCAGACAGGUGACUGGCUUCGUUAUAGCUUUGCGAGCUACGACAUCAUCAUCACCCGGGACAGGACAGGCGCCAUCAACUCCUUCCACAACGUCUGCAGACAUCGCGCUUAUCCGGUCAUCGAAAAGGAGGGCGCUGGCAACAACAAGAUCCUCGCUUGCAGGUACCACGGUUGGUCGUAUGGACUCAAUGGCAAACUGGCGAAAGCUCCUGGAUACCAAGAGAUGAACCUAGACAUGGACGAGAACAGUCUCUUCCGCUGCCACACCAAAAUUGAUAACAACGGCUUCAUCUGGAUCAACCUGGAUGCCAAGGAGACUCCCAAAAUCUCAUUCGAAGAGCACUUCAACAAUGUCGAUUCCCAGGACCAGCACGCACUGAUCAAUUUCGAUGACUACACAUUCGAGUCGGAACUGAAGAAGGAAGAUCUGGAAUUCAACUGGAAGAAUGGAUUUGCCGACUCGACCCCCGAGCAGAUCAAGAAAAACUUCAAGACCGUAAACACUCACUACUUCCCGAACGCUUCCUCAACAGUAUCCGCAACGUACAUCGCGAUCCAGAAGGUCCUCCCACAGGCACCGAACAAAACGACCAAACACUACGAGAUCUACCGCCACAAGGAUUGCUCAGGCCAGGAUUGGAAGACCAUUAGUGAUGCAUAUGCAUGCGCCUUGAGCCGAGAGAAAGCCACCGAUACCGCACCAAGUUUCUUCCAGCCUACGGUACGCGAUGCUAUCACAGAACACUACAAGCAGGAGAAAGCGGCGGGCAAAGAGCUCUGGCCUUCCAAACCGGCGAGCUUGGGCUCUGCUGAUCAAGCGGAUGAGGAUGAAGAUAUUUGUGCCGGUCUGGCGUGUGGACCGCAGAAGGAGAUUCUGGCGUGGUAGACAUUAUUGCAAUAGCUCGGACUUGAGUGUUUCGUUGUGUUCAGCGAAU